UUCUCCACACUUAACAAUGGUCCCAAACCAGACCACUAAAACAAAAUCCAAAAAAAGAAAGAAGACGAUUCAACUCAGUCACACACAUACAAAGCUUCUCGGCCAGGGCAACUCGUAAACACUUGCAGACGAUUCAACUCAGUCAUUUACGCACACACUUCCUUCGAUCUAUCUCAUCCUAACCGUUCCCCACAAUCGCCGAUGCCGAACCUCAUGUUUUCUAUCUCUUUAAUCGGUGGAUUGGAAAAGUUUCAGUGCAUAUUGCUGAAAACAUUGCUUGUGUUAUUAUCUACUACGGUGUUUUUAGUUGAUUGUGGUGCAUAUGAUAGAAUGCUAGAAGCUUCUUUAUUCUCUUCAGUUACACCAAUUCCAUCACGUGCACCUUCUCAUUCAUCUAUUACCCCUAUGCAUUCUAUUUCUCAUGCAGUUCCUUCUCUUAUGGCUCACCCACCAUUGUCCCCUUAUGUUUCCAAUUGUUGUAAAAAAGGAAUGGUUUUGAAACGAGGUAGUGAGGGCUGCCACUGUGUUUAUCCUGUAAAGCUAGACCUUCUUCUUUUGAAUGUCUCUCAGAAUCCAGACUGGAAUAUUUUUCUCGAUGAAUUGGCCGCACUAUUGGGGCUUCGAGCUACACAAAUUGAAUUGAUAAAUUUUUAUGUACUCGGCUUAUCGACGUUGAAUAUAUCGAUGUAUAUUACUCCACAAAAAGAGAUCAGUUUCUCUGCCAAUGAAGCAUCUAAAUUAAACUCUUCCCUUUUGUUUCAUAAGGUUCGACUUGACAGUAGAUUCGUGGGUGACUACAGGGUUCUCAAUAUGACCUGGUUUAAACCUCUACCUCCUUCUCAAGCUCCUACUUUUGCUGCAUCAGCUGUGAAAACUCCUGAGAGACAAAAACCUACAGCUACAUCAUCGAGUACUUCAGACAGGGAAAGGCAUUCAAAUUUGCUUCUUAUCCUUGGAAUUGUUACUGGAAUACUCAUCACUUCCAUUAUAUGUGUACUUAUACUUUGUCUAUGCACACUGAGGCCAAAAAGGAAAACACCUCCUACAGAAACUGAAAAGCCAAAGAUAGAACAUGCAGUUUCAUCUGCUGUGUCACUUCCGCGCCCAACCAGUACACGUUUUAUUUCUUACGAAGAUCUUAGAGAAGCAACAAACAAUUUUGAAUCAGCAAGCAUACUUGGAGAAGGGGGUUUUGGUAAAGUUUUUAAAGGUGUCUUGAAUGAUGGAACUGCUGUUGCAAUUAAGAGGCUUACUAGUGGCGGGCAUCAGGGUGACAAAGAGUUUUUGGUUGAGGUUGAUAUGCUUAGCCGGUUGCAUCACCGUAACCUUGUAAAACUAGUUGGAUACUAUAGCAAUCGCGACUCGUCACAAAACCUACUUUGCUAUGAGCUUGUCCCUAAUGGAAGUUUGGAGACCUGGCUUCAUGGUCCCUUGGGAGUAAAUUGCCCUUUGGAUUGGGACACCAGGAUGAAGAUUGCACUUGAUGCUGCAAGAGGACUUGCUUACCUGCAUGAAGAUUCACAACCAUGUGUCAUACACAGAGAUUUUAAGGCAUCUAAUAUAUUGCUUGAGAACAACUUUCAUGCUAAAGUUGCUGAUUUUGGUCUAGCUAAACAAGCGCCCGAAGGCAGGGCUAAUUACCUGUCUACACGUGUCAUGGGCACAUUUGGGUAUGUAGCACCUGAGUAUGCUAUGACUGGACACCUACUCGUGAAAAGUGAUGUUUAUAGCUACGGGGUUGUGUUGCUAGAACUGUUGACCGGAAGGAAACCUGUGGAUAUGUCACAGCCAACGGGACAAGAAAACCUUGUAACUUGGGCAAGGCCGAUUCUUAGAGAUAAGGAGCGGUUAGAAGAACUUGCUGAUCCAAGGCUUGGGGGAAAGUAUCCAAAGGAAGAUUUUCUCCGCGUUUGCACUAUUGCUGCAGCUUGUGUUGCACCUGAAGCAAACCAACGACCUACAAUGGGUGAAGUGGUACAGUCACUUAAAAUGGUGCAGCGUGUCACAGAAAAUCAUGAUACCACAUUACCCUCAUCAAAUACCAUGCCCAACAUGAGACAGUUUUCUACCACUUAUGAGUCUGAUGGGACAUCUUCAAUGUUUUCCUCUGGUCCUUACUCUGGUCUAAGUCCCUUUGACUAUGACAACAUUUCUAGGACAGCUGUUUUUUCUGAAGAUCUUCAUGAAGGACGAUGAAUGUAGUUGGAAAGGCAAGCUAAUCGCAAACUUGCACACAAUUCAACGGUUUUCUCAUGGCUGAAGGUGGAUGGCUGAUGGCACCGUAGCCAGUGCGCCGGUGGAAUUUUCUCGCAUUGAAGGUUUAGAUGUGUUGUUGCCGGUUGGCUAGGAAGGGGAUUCCUUUGUUGUUGUUCUCGCCAUCCUCCACGGUAAACAACCAUCCUGUUCUCCCCUAAGAGACAGUGGUUCCAAGUGGAUCAAAUUUUGUACAUAUGUGCAUUGUAGUUUGUUACCAUUUUGUUUUUCAGAUUGGCUUCAAAAGCUUUAGUUUUAAUUUUUUUUUUAAAUUAUGGAUAACUUCACUACCAUUUUAUGCAAUGAUUCUUCAUGGCUGGUCUUUCU